ACAAAACAGCUGGCAUGUUGUGUCAAUGGCAUAAACCGAAAAAUAAAUACAAGACAAUAAUAAUAGCGGUUUCUUUAGUACUUAAUAUUAAACUGAAUUUAAUGUAAGCACAGUUAGCUCUGCUUAUAGUGCCAAUGUGCACAUCGAACAAAUCGUAACGUAUUGCCACUGCCUUUAAGUGUUUUGCAGCACUGAACGAAACAGUUAUAUUAAGACGGAGUUGCAGCAAAAAUUUUGGCAGUUUGUUACGCGCGCGUUCUUUAAACUGUGGCAUCGAGCCAAAGCACACGUCCAACAGAAAUAAGAUAAAUGAAUAAUGCGACUGUGGCGCAAACGACGGCUACUCAUCUUAAUCAUCUGCUGCAUCUGGCUGUGCAGCGUUGCUCUCAUCUAUUUGCUUAUUGUCACCCGAGAGGACAAUAUAAGAGAUGGCGAGCACCAGCUGCUAUGGUGGACCAAUGAUAUGACCUGGUCGUACGAUGAGCUGCGUCACUGCGCUGGGGAGACAUGCCGAGUUACGAACAAUCGCCAGCGACUGGAGGAAGCGAGAAGCAUACUCUUCUAUGGGUCCAAUUUGAAGACUUUUGACUUUCCACUGCCGCGUCGGGGGCGUCAAAUAUGGGGUCUGCUACACGAGGAGUCGCCACGCAAUGUGCCCUUCGCGCCAUACACCGAGUUUCUGCAGCAUUUCAACUACACAUCCACAUUUAGUAGGCACAGCAAUUUGCCAUUAACUACCCAGUAUCUGCCGUAUGCCAGCGAUUUGGGCAUGCUGGACUUCUAUCGUUCGUUCGAGGAUAAAGAUGUUGUUCAGUUUAACGAAGAAAUCAGUACCGUGGUGUUCCUGCAAACCGAUUGCAACACGAUGUCGGGACGAGAGGACUAUGUACAGGAGCUAAUGAAGCACAUUCGGGUGGACUCAUAUGGCGGCUGUUUACGCAAUAUCGAUCUGCCCGCAAGUCUACAACGUGACUAUUUGAACAACUUGUAUUCGGAUGAAUUGUUGCGCUUUCUAGCUCGUUAUAAAUUUAUGAUUGCCAUUGAGAAUGGCGUCUGCGAGGAUUAUAUCACGGAGAAAUAUUGGCGUCCCCUCAUGGCUGGCAUUAUACCCAUUUACUUUGGCUCACCCAGCAUACGCGACUGGGAACCGCACAAAAACUCGGCUAUCUAUAUAGAUGAUUUCCCGAAUGCUUCCUCGCUGGCAUCUCAUUUAGUCCAUGUGGGACAGAAUAAAACAGCUUACAAUUCGUAUCUUAGUCAUAAGCUGAAUCGGCGCCAACCCAUAGCUAAUCCCAAGCUCUUGCACGAACUGCUAACACGCAAAUACCAAGUUAACCGUGGAAAUCAGAAAGAAGAGCUAUCGCUGUUUCAAAAAUUCGAGUGCUUUAUGUGCCGACGUACCGCUUGGACACGGACACCGCGCACAGCUAAUAGGAAUCACUACAGCUGUCCAUUACCUCCGGCUUAUGCGCCACUUGGGCGGCAGAAGGAGCCCAAAUUUGGCAGCGAUUGGCGCUCGAUGAUGAAUGUGGGACGCUGUCAGGCACAGCUUCUGGAUUCAUUAUUUCGCGCAAAUCGCAGCUACACAGAGAGCGAGUUCGAACGCAGACUCAAACAGAUGGUGCUACAAGACUUGUGCAAUUAACUAACAACUCAACUACCUUAAAUUCAAUAAUUUCAUAAGCACUAUGUACUACAUAGUAGUUAUUAUGUAUAUGUAACUGACUCGCAUCUAAUGCUUGAUAUAUAUAUUUACAUGAGCAACUUAAGACAGUAUGCAAUUCCUAGCUUAACUUUAGCUGUGAAUACUGCCAAUACCAAAAUUGUAAAGAAUAAUUCAUUUUAGCCAUCUGUGGCUUUGAAUACGCGUGCCUUAGUGAUAUACACACAUGACAACUGUAAUACCAAAAUACACUUAAAAUUAGCUUUAUAAAUCAUCUAUAUAUCUGUCUGAUCAACUUGAUUAUCA